AAAUCUGGCAUUUCAGUAAUCAAAAAUUAUUUUUAAUUAUGUUUGAAUGAUGGUUGUUAUGGUUUAUCUUGUGUUAAUUAGUAAUUAUUUAUAUUUUCUAAUAUCCGGUAUCCGGCCGGAUAGGCCGGAUAACGUAUAGCUACCGGAUAUUCGUUUCAUCUCUACUCUAUUCUAAGCAUCGCAAAAUUGAGUGUAAACCAUAAAUUUCUGAAAAAGGUGCUCUUAGGCUUAAACGUACGAAACAAUUCCAACAAGGAGAUCUAAAGGGGCACUUGCAAAUCCUGGAAGAUUUUUAACUGAACCCUAUAUUAAUCAUGAACGAAGACUGUAUGGAAACAGAGACUAACUUCAGUGUUCCUUUCAAAGUGAUUGAAUUCAAUCGCAGCGUAUGGGAAGAAGGUGGUCCUAUAACUCGUCCAGGAUCACUCGUGUUUUACACCGAUUGGUCAAAAAUUGGAAAAUCUACAGGAGCUGGGAUUACUGGACCAGAGAUAGAUGUCUCAAUUCCAAUGGGACAGUGGCCUACAGUUUUUCAAGCAGAAAUACAUGCUAUUCUAACAUGUACGAACAUUUGUUUGGCUAGAAAAUAUAGGUAUGCCAGUAUCUGUAUUUUCUCAGAUAGCAGCUCUAAAUGCAUUGAAAGCAUAUACUUGUCAGUCAAAGGUAGUUUGGGAAUGUAUUCUUUCCUUAAAAAAAUAACUGUAACUAACGAAGUUAAUCUAUACUGGGUGCCUGGUCACUGCGGUAUAGAAGGUAAUGAAAAAACCGAUCUCCUAGCAAGAUUAGGAUCUUCAACUAAAUUCGUCGGACCUGAGCCAUUUUGCGGAUUAUCUACAACCUGUCUGAAAUCCGAGCUCAAAUCCUGGAAAACAUCGAUGAUUGAAGCCAACUGGAGAGAUCUAUCAACAUCACGACAAUCCAGAUUAUUAAUUACACCUUGUAAUAGAAUAACACGCAGCCUACUCAGUUUGAAUAAAGCCGAUCUGAGUAUGUUGACUGGGCUAUUGACCGGACAUUGACCGAGCAGGCAUCACCUCAAAAAAAUUGGGAAAAUAACGGAUGAUAAAUGUCGUUUCUGCAAUUUUGAUGAUGAAACUUCGGAACAUUUACUGUGUCAAUGCACUGUAUUGAUUCAGCAAAGACUGCGGAUUCUCGGAAAGGGCAUUCUUAUGCCUAACGAGAUAUGUUCUGCAGAACCAAAAAAGGUAAGAAACUUAUAUAUAGAAAAACUGGAGUGCACCACAAUAGAUCAAACUAAUGGUCGCAGUGGUACAAUGCUCCUACAGAAGAAGAAGAAGAAGAUAAAUUUCUUCAAACAAAUUAAUCUUUUUAGUUAGAUCUUUGCGAAUUAGCGUACUUUUUUCGUCAAUGUAUGACGUCGAAACUAACUUGGGCAGUGUUGAUUUUUUGUUGUUUUUGUAGAUGCUUGAAAAAGUUUUUAUCAAAAUGGCAAGUAAGAGGAACGGAAUAGAUGUUGUUACACGUACAAUGAUAAUAAGUAAGACUUGUCGAGGAAAGACAUUGCGGGAAAUAGCAGCUGUUGUCGGAAGAAUCCACUCUACAGAAAAGAAAAUCAUAAACAAGUGGAAAACGAAGGAACCAUGGAAAAUCUCCCGAUAGAGAACACACACGGAUCCUAUCUUCUAAUGAUGAACGGGUAAUUGUUCGAACAUUGCAAAAGAACCCUAAAACAAACAUUCCUAUAUUGUCUACUGAAAUAGCCGGCAUCAUUGGGAGACCUGUCUGCGUAUACAGGAACAAUCUGAGAGAUCUUGUAAACCAUGAAAAGUAUUUCAUUUCAAAGAUGAAUAUGAAAAAACGGCUACAGUUUGCUAAGGCAUAUAUAAACAGACCCAAGGAGUUCUGGAACAAGGUCUUUCAUACGGAUAAGCCGAAAACCAAUAUCUUUGAAUCGAAUGGAAAACAGAUGGCGUGGGGGAAACCAGGAUCGAUGUUUUAGAUUGAGCAUUUGGUUCCCACAGUAAAACACGGCGACGGUAGUUAGUUGAUGUAUGGUACAUUGGCGGCUUACGGAACUGGAACCAUGGAGUUUAUCGAUUCGGCGAUGGACAAGAUGGCCUAAUUAAUCUUCCUAAAACGUAACCUUCGGUCGUGAUUACUACUUUCAACAAAUUAAUGACCCGAAGCAAUUUGACUUCGUGGUGCUGGAAAGCCUGCUCUGUAAUGUCACAAUCAACUCAAAACACCUCUGAAAUCACCAAACUUGAACACUAUUGAGUAUCUAUGGUGGGAAAUCAAGAGCCAUCCAUCUAUCAAAAUCCAGGGAACGAAGCGGAACUCAAAACGACGAUAACGGAGAUCUGGGAAGCACUUCCGUCUACAGUGACCAUAAAUCUUGCCUCGGUGCUUGCAGGAAGUACUAGACGCCAAAGGGGGGCCAUACCAAAUACUAGGUGAUUGAUUUUUGUUAUCUGUUAACAUUUCUGAACUGAUUUCAAUUUUGUUUUAAAGAAAAAUUUGAACUGCACACUCAAUUUUGCCACGUCUUAAUUGGAGAUUUUUUGUUUGUAUUUUAAACAUGAAGUAGAAAUAUGACCAUUUUAAUUUUUUUCUUAUCACUACAUGAGAGUAAAAUGAAUCGAUUUUACGAUGAAUAUAUGUCGCAUUUGAUUAUUUACUUUUUAACCCCGAAAAACUCAAAAAUAACAAACCAGCACGAAUUGUAUACUCAAUUUUGCGAUUGACUGUACAUACCUGUGUGUCUGUAAACCCAACUAAUCGGUUACCAGGGUAUCCAGCCGGUAUAAACAAAUCAAGCACUCUUAAGAGAAAAAAUGAGAAUAUAGUUGAAUAAACUCUACUGGAGAGAAUUCGACAAACGAACCUUAUCUACUAGUGGAGAGAUCAGACGCGCUCAACGUAAAUUUCAAUAGCACCGCAGAACAACUCAUUUUCAAAUCCAAAUCCAUCAAAUCGUAAGCAUUACUAUUUACAGCGGAUAUUCACGGUUGCUCCACACGUAGUGGUGGUUAGGAACCCUCUUAUGAAAGGAUUAUGUUAGACGAAUAUAUUCGAUGAUAUACUUUUCUUUGGCUACGAAACAAAUUAUAUUUGUUUUUCUUAGCAUAGUGUUGAGUGCACUAUGCUUUCCUUAUGGUCCAUACAGUGAUUUUUUAACCAAGAACGUUUACAGUGUUUACAAAAAUCACACUUUGUUUGAGAUCCAACAUUAUCCCAUGAAUCCACCAUUCUCUGUCGAAUAGGUUCAUUACAUCCUAGCUGCCAUAAUCACGUUUUUCAUUAUUAAUCAGGUUUUCUGUCCUUUGGUUUUCCUCAGGUUUCCCUAUUCAUUCGCUCACUACCGUGUGCGUCAGAUUCGGUAAUGUGUAGUAUGAGCGCCCGCAAUUUUCCUUAAGUUUCUCGCUCUCCAAUUUUCUUCUGACUCGAAUUAGUCUGAGUCGUGCUUUCGCGUAGGGAACAAUCCCUUGUUCAUUCAAUCCGCCAAUUGAAAGGAAUCCAAAAUUCUUCCAGAUUUGAUCAAUUUCACCUUGUUUUGUUCUGGACAAAUUUCAUUCCGCGAGAAAAGGCUGAAAUAUGUGCAGUAGAAAGGCAUGUUUCGGACAUUCUUCGACAAGUGAUUUUGAGUGAAGUUACGACAUUAGUGAAUAGUCCAAUAGAAGUGCAAAUAUUGCGCGGCCUAUAUCUACCUCAAUCUAAAACAUCGCCAACAUUUAUUUUGGCGACUAUUCCGCCUACAUUUUAAAUUUAUCGGAACCGAUAACCUAAUCCAUUAAAUUGACCACUAUGCGGUCAAGUUAUGGAUAUAAUCAUAGAAUUACUCUCAAGAUGGCACAUCGCCCCGUCAGUGCAAUGUCGCGUCAAGAAUCUGAAAUGAUCAACCAUAGCCGCCGGACACUGUCUUCUGGUACGCUGAUGGAUCCCAUUGAGAAACUACGCCACAUGUGUCUUGCCCGUGGUGCUUCGGGAAUUCUUGGUCUGGGGCGCUGCUUCCGCCGUAUGGACGAUGAUGGCAGCAAAGCCCUCUGUUUGGAGGAGUUCGUCAAGGGUUUGCAUGAUACUGGACUCGACAUCACACAGGAAGAGGCUACUGAAAUGUUACACAAAUUUGAUACUGAUGGAAGCGGCUCGAUCAAUAUGACCGAGUUUUUGAUUGCCAUCCGCCCAAACAUGUCCGAGUCAAGGAAGAAUAUUGUGAACCAAGCAUUCAACAAAUUGGAUAAAACUGGAGACGGUUUCAUCACCGUUGACGAUUUGAAGAACGUCUACUCGGUUAAGAGCCAUCCACUGUACAUUAGUGGUGAGGAAACAGAAGAUGUGAUCCUCAGGAAAUUCUUGGCCAACUUCGAAGAGAACGGCAAUGCCGAUGGAACGGUCACUAAGGAGGAAUUUUUUAAUUAUUACUGCGGUUUAAGUGCUUCGAUCGAUACUGAUGCUUACUUCGAUCUGAUGGUUCGUCAGGCUUAUAAGCUGUGAAUUGUGGAGCAUGAAUUACAUCGCUCCAAACGCAUACAGCUAUCAAGUAUUAUGAAUUUCAAGUCGUUACAAAUGCACCAUUAUUUAUUAAAUAGCAAGGUAUCAAACCAAAAGCACAAUUAAAUAUAUUAGCGCUUAGAAGUGGAUCUAAGUCUGGAAUUUUUCUUGUUUACACAUAUUCAUAUUUGAAUUGCUUUUAUUCUUUUUGUUUUGUAUUGUUUGCAUCCUUAGGACAUACAGUGUUUUUAGAAUAACUUUUUUAAAACAUUUUAUCAAUUCAGAAAUGAUUAAGAAUCGACACAUUUGUAACAACGCAAGAGGAAUAAAAUUCAUGUUGAGCAGUUCA